AUGUAUGUCCAAGAUGCGAACAAAUCAACCAACAUUUUCAACCUUACUCAACAAGAUCCAGGCUCAAAAGACUCUUUCUACCACAUGGCUAGGAUCGAUUAUGAUGGGGUCUUCAGAAUAUACAAACACCUAAGACAGCAGGACACAAGUUGUGGAAGCUGUCCUUCAACAUGGGAUCCAGUGCAAGGCAUUCCUGGUAUUACUGAUAUUUGUGGUGUAUUUGAUGCUAAUACUUUUGUAGGUGGGUUCUGUGGACUCAACGGUGUUUGUCGUACCUCAGAUGCUUCAAGUGGGGGCGGGACAUUUUGCUCAUGUCCUUAUGGAUUUUCUCAAUUGAACCCAUAUGAGGAUUGGGCAGGGUGUAAACCAGAUUUUCCGUUACCCAACUGCGACAAUGGAUGGGAAGAAAAUAAAGGGCAGCUUGUUCAAGGGGCUAAUGAGACACAGUGUAAGCAGCAAUGCCUUGACGAUUGCAUGUGUGUUGUGGCCAUUUACGAAAAAACAGGUGGCUAUUGUUGGAAGAAGAAGUAUCCUCUGUCCAACGGAAGAUAUAGCACAAAUAUUACGAGAAUAGCUUUCAUCAAGGUACCUAAUAGCUUUGUUCCAGUGAAGAAAAGCCAGUCUGUGGUAGUUGUUUUGGCACUACUCCUAGGCAGCUCUGCAUUUCUCAAUAUCCUUUUCUUCAUAUUCAUAGCUAGUAUUGUGGCUAUUAUCUACUUGCACCACAAAAAGCUGAAUUCGCCAUGGAAUAUUGAUAGCACACUUGCGACAAAUGUGAGAAGCUAUACAUAUAAAGAGCUCGAACAAGCAACCAGGGGCUUCAAGCAAAUAGUAGGAAAAGGUGCUUUCGGAACUGUUUAUAAAGGGGUCCUUCCAUCAGAUUCAAAAAGAUUUGUUGCAGUCAAGAAGUUAGGUAAGGUGGUAGAAGAAGGUGAGAAAGAAUUCAAAACAGAAGUGAGCGUGAUUGGUCAGACUCAUCAUAAAAAUUUAGUCCGGUUGCUUGGUUAUUGUGAUGAGGGGCAGCACCGGCUAUUGGUAUAUGAGUACAUGAGCAAUGGCUCUUUAGCUAACUUUCUCUUUGGGAUAUCCAGGCCUCAUUGGAACCAAAGAGUGCAGAUUGCUUUUGGAAUUGCAAGAGGUCUCAUGUACUUACAUGAAGAGUGCUGCACCCAAAUCAUCCAUUGUGACAUAAAGCCUCAAAACAUACUUCUGGAUGAAUACUUUACACCAAGGAUUGCUGAUUUUGGAUUAGCAAAGCUUUUGUUGGCUGAGCAAACUCGAGCUGCUCGAACAGGAAUAAGAGGGACGAUUGGGUACUUUGCACCUGAAUGGUUUAGGAAAGCAUCCAUUUCCGUUAAGGUUGAUGUGUACAGUUUUGGUGUGAUGUUACUUGAGAUUAUUUGUUGCAAGUCUAGUAUUACAUUUGCGUUGCAAGCAGAGGAGGCAUUGAUAGAUUGGGCUUACGAAUGCUACAAAGAUAAAAAAUUAGAUAAGUUGACAGAAAACGAUGAGGAAGCAAGUAAUGACAUGAAGAGGCUAGAGAGGCUUGUGAUUGUGGCAAUUUGGUGUAUUCAAGAAGAUCCUUCACUGAGACCCUCGAUGAAAAAGAUCACACAGAUGCUUGAGGGAGUUAUUGAAGUCUUUGUGCCCCCAAGUCCUUCAUUGUAUAAUCACUCUCCACCUUCAAAAAGUAGUUCCCUUGAGUUUUCAUUCUCCUCAGUUGAAAGGUAAGCAUUUGAGAUUGAUGAUAAUGGGUAACUUUGUAAAUAACUAAGUGUUGAGCAACCUCUUUUAAAGGUGAGGCGCCACACCUAUUCUUAUUUGUAUUAUGGUAUCAAAUUCAGACU